CAUUAUAUUAAAAACAUAAUCCAUAGACUACUAUAAAUUCAGUGCUAAAAUUUUAUUUUUCAAAAAAAAUGUCUGUGAAAAGGUGUAUCCAAAUUUGGUUUUUAUUACAAGUUUUUUCGAAUGCACUAGAUGACAGCAAUACAGAAAUUGUUUAUCCAAAACGUCACCACAGAGAACGCUCACAAAACGAUUUGGGAACAUUAAAUCAGAAUGGAUUUCACGAAGACUAUGUUACGUUUGAAAUCAAAGCAAAAAAGGAUCAUCAUUUUUUAGAUUUGAAAAAAAUUGAACAAACACAUCAAAAAUUUAUUUGGCUUCGUUCAAUUGAAAAUGGUAAAGAAGUCACUGAAAAGCAUUAUCCUGAAAACUGCUAUUACGAAGGAAAAGUUCGUGGAAUAGAGGACUCAUAUGCUUUUAUUAGCACAUGCAGUGGUGGAUUAAUUGGAACAAUUGAUGACGGUAAAACACGAUAUGACAUAAUACCACUUCAAGAGCCAAGGUACUUUAUGUCGGGUAGCUUAUGGAGAAUGUGACUUACCAGAAUAUUGUGAAGGAGACAAAGCAACUUGUCCAGAUGAUAAUAUUUUACAAAAUGGUGUUUCUUGUAUUUUUCCAGCAAAGAUUUUUCAUGGAUUUACUGAAGACGAUUACAGUUUAGUUACAAACACAGCUUUAAGACUUUCUCCGCCUUUAACUGCUAAAUACCUAAGGGUAUUACCCGAGUUAUGGAACGAAGAACGCCCAUGCCUAAAACUUGAGUUCUUUGGCUGCAGCUCAGAGGAUGAAUGUGAUCUACAAUUGUUGAAUGAAUUGCCGAUUUCUGCAUACAGGGCUAGUAGUACUUUUGGAAAUACAGAUAAUAAUUUAGACAAUGAAUCAAUAAGCAGGAAUGGUUGGUGUCCAGAAGAUCCAAUUGAUAGUUGGUUAGAAAUUACUUUUAAUGAGAGAGUCAAGAUAGAAUUUAUUGAAAUGAAAAUUACCUACUGGUAUACAACCUGGUUCACUUUGCAGUAUUCUCAAGAUGGACAGUCAUGGGAAGUGUAUUUAGAAAAUGACGCUGAUAAGUUAAAGAAAUCUAAAAGUGUCUGCUUUUCUGGUUCAUGUCAAUUUCCUUUAACUAGGCCGUGUCAAACUUUCCCACAAAAAGAUGGUACAUUGUGUGCAAAGAACAAGUUUUGCGUCAAUGAAAAAUGCGGGUCUGCUAACGAACAUGGCUUUAAAUGCCCAAUGAAUGCUGGAAAAAAAUGUUCUGGAAAUGGAGCUUGCACAUUAAAUGGCACAUGUGUUUGCAACAACGGUUAUAGUCAAAAAGACAAUUGUUUAACGAAACUCAAACCAAUUGAUGGUAAAUGGAGUGAGUGGUCAAAUUAUACAAAGUGUUCCAAAGAUUGCAAUGGAGGCAUACAAAAAAGAUAUCGUUUUUGUUCUGAUCCUGCACCAAAGUAUGGUGGUAAAAAGUGCAAUGGUGAUUCUAAUUCUGAGCAAACAUGCAAUAAUAUGCCUUGCCCAAGUAAAUUAGCGUCCAACAUAACUACACAAAUAACAACUUCUGAUGAUCAAUUUUGUAUUGAACCUAAAACUGGAGACUGUUUGGUUCCUGACAAUACUGUUCUUGUUUUCCGCCCUACUUUAUCUGAGUAUUGUAAAAAUGAUGUAUCAAAGUUUAUUUUUAAUCCAAAAACAGGAAGUCUGUUGCACAAAUGCAGUAAUAAAUUCGUUUGUUCUAAAUCUGGGGUAAGUUCUGGUUCAAAUAUGGUGGUUAGCUCCACUUGUAAAGAAUCUGAAGUCUCAAGUCAAAUACAACGAUCAAUUUGGAAAACAUUAAAAGUAAACUCACUUUGCGUUAAUCCAUCAGAUGACAACUUGGCAAGAGGUGCUAAUGUUCAACUUACAAAAUGUGACAAUAAAAAACAAAUUUUGAUGCAUGAGUUAGAUAUGGGUCAAGUUACCGUUUUGGUUUUUAAAGAUGUUGAAAGCAUGAUGGCUUUAAAAGAAAAACUAAGCAUUCCCACUGAUAAUGGUUUUAUUGAUAACUUUGGCUUCUCAUUUUAUUACAUUGGCAAAGCAGGAGUUCGCAUGCAGGUAUACUUCAGAGCUCCAGAAUCUGGGAACUAUGUUUUUUAUGUCAAGUGUAGCGGUAUCUGUGAGUUAUUAUUUACAGAUGAUUUAUCAGACGUUGAAUCUGCUGACAUAAUAGCUAGCUGUCCACAAUGGGUUUCUAGUUGGAAAAAAUACGAUGAACAAAAAUCAGCUGAAAUCUAUUUAAGCGUUGGCAAACAAUAUUAUUUAGAAAUCAUCUUGUUUAAUACAAAAAUCUAUGCGCACGGUAUGGCAGCUGUUACAUUACCCAGUGGUAAACUUGAUGAGCCAAUAAGCUAUGAGUAUCUUACGAGAAUAAAUUAAUUUUGUUUAUGAUAUUUUAAAGUUGUUUAAUUCUAUAGAAAAUUAAAAAAAACUUUUUGUUUCUUUAUUAUUAUUUUUUUGCUAUUCUUGUUUUGAAUUUUUUUUUUUUAUUUCAAUUUUUGGUCCAGUUUUAAUUUUUACAUUUUUCUAUUUUACAUUUUAAUUUUUUAAGUAUUUUAUGAUUUUAUAUGAUGUACUAAAUAAAACCUGUAUUUGCUUUUUUAAAUAAAUGUAUUCGCAAAUAAUAAAAUUAUACAA